CUUUAGGACCCAGCAGCGGUCAGCGUGGCACAGAGACCUUACAGAGACGGUGAAUCACUACAGAUGACGGGAGGAGGAGCCGUAUGUACCGUACCAACCAGGAUUCAAAGCAGCUCAGCGUUUCUAACAAUUCUUCAGAUAUUAUUGUGUUUGAAUUAACACAAUAUCACUCGUUCAGUAAUGACACUAAGAAGUAUUUCUGUACCCUGAUAAGCUGCACGCGCCAGAGGUGUAGUGGUCAGAGAUGGAGCACAUCAGAAUGCCAAAGGUUGAAAAUGUCCGUUUAGUGGACAGAAGUCCUUCUCGAAGAACUCAAGUGGGCAUGCUCUACCUAACAGCUACACACACUAACUUUGUAGGUGAAGGAUCUGAGGACAGAAAUGAGCUACGGGUUCUUCACAGUUUAGUGUGUAAUGUUGUAAAGCAUAAAGCAUCUCAGAGUGGAUACUCUUUAUUAAUCUACUGCAAGAACUUUCAGAUCAUAGAGUUUAUCAUUCCUCAAGAGAGCGACUGCCACGAUGUUUACAUUUCACUCUCACGUCUGUCCAUGCCAGAAAAAUAUGAGGAGUUGUAUUGUUUUUCCUUUAAUCCCGAUGUUGGCAAAGCUGAAAGGGAGCAUUCAUGGGACUUUUUAGAUCUGAAGUACAAUCGAAUGGGACUUCCAAAUAAGCUAUGGCAUGUCACCCCAAUCAACCGAGAGUACAGAGUGUGUGAUACUUACCCAGCAGACUUGUUUGUGCCUAAAUCCAUCACCCUCCCCGUCAUCGUAGGAAGCUCGAAGUUUCGUAGCAGAGGUCGAUUUCCCACGUUGUCAUACCGCUGCAAGGAAAACCAUGCCACGAUAUGUCGCAGCAGUCAGCCUCUUUCUGGCUUCAGUGCUCGCUGCCUGGAGGAUGAGCAAAUGCUGCAGACCAUCAUGAAGUCUAAUCCUGGCAGCAGAUUCAUGUAUGUUGUGGACACAAGACCCAAGCUAAAUGCAAUGGCGAACCGAGCUGCGGGCAAGGGCUAUGAAAAUGAGGACAACUACUGCAACAUUAAGUUCCAGUUCAUUGGCAUUGAAAACAUCCAUGUGAUGAGGAACAGUCAGCAGAAACUCAUAGAGGUUUCGGCUCUGCGUUCUCCCUCCAUGGGAGAAUUUCUAAAGGGGCUUGAAAAUUCAGACUGGUUGAGACGCAUCAAAUCGAUCAUGGAGGCGGGACUCUUCAUAUCUAAGGCCGUGGCAGAGGAAGGGGUCAGCGUCUUGGUUCAUUGUUCUGAUGGCUGGGAUAGGACGGCUCAGGUGUGCUCUGUGGCCAGUGUGCUUCUGGACCCUUACUACAGGACCCUCAAGGGACUGAUGGUGCUGAUUGAAAACUGGGUUUCUUUUGGACAUAAGUUUUCACACAGAUGCGGUCAUCUCAUUGGAGAGGUAAAAGAAGUGUCACCUGUCAUAGACCAGUUCCUGGAUUGUGUAUGGCAGCUUAUGGAACAGUUUCCCUUUGCUUUUGAAUACAAUGAGAAGUUUCUGAUCAGCAUCCACAACCACAUCUACUCCUGUCACUAUGGCAACUUCAUUUGUAACAGCCAGAAGGAGAGGAAAGAUCUGUGCAUCAAUGAGAAAACUCAUUCCAUAUGGCCUCAUUUAUGGGAGAACAAGCAGGAUUUCAUGAACCCUCUGUUCAAACCUGAUCAGAGCCAGAAUCAGGGACUUCUGAGGCACUGUAUUGCCCCCUACUGUUUAAGUAUGUACCGGAGAAGGCUGUAUAUGUCUGAUGAGCUAGAUUGUCUGAUGACUGUGAAAGAAGAAACGCAACAACUUGAGGAAGAACUGGCUCUCUUUGAGCAGAAAAUGGCUGUUCUGGAUAAGGAGCGCGCAAAAGCCCUUUACAUGCAAAAGGGUGUAUUGGACAGCAAGCAGGCCCUUUGGUCAUUACCUUUAGAUAGAAGCCUAGCCAAUAAUCCUCAGGAUUACAUCGGUAGCUUUAUAGGUGGUGCUCCCAAUGUUUUCUCCUUACAACAAGGAGAAAGAGAAAGUGCAGAGCUUUGCCUGUUUGGAGAAAAAACAAAAAUCACUGAUGCUGACAAUAGUGACCAGGAGUCAGGAGUAGCAGAUUUCAGCUCCCAUUCUUCUGGUGAAGAGUCCCUGCCAAGUGAGGACAGCGUGAAGGAUCCUGACUCAGAUGAGACUGGCCCCAACAGAGCGUAAAGCUUUGUUAGCAAGA